AUGCAAGCCCACCCAAUCAAGCUAGUGUCAAGACUCGAUCCCAUUCGUUUCUUGUUUCAAAGAACUCUUCUUUCGCCGCGUCUUGCUAAAUGGAUGAUGAUGAUUUCAGAAUAUGACAUCACGUAUACCGUGCAAAAGUCAAUCAAGGGGAGCAUAGUGGCUGAUUUCCUAGCUGAUCAACCAAUCACCGUUGGAGACGAUGACGAAGAGAUGGUCUUUCCAGAUGAUGAGAUCAUGGUUGUUCAAUCCGAAACGUGGAAGUUAAUGUUCGAUGGCGCAUCGGGCAGACAGGGUUACGACAUUGGUAUCCUUUUGAUCGAUCCUGCUGGCACGUAUAAUCCUACUUCUGUUAAGUUGAGUUAUAGUGUCACCAACAACGAGGCUGAGUACGAAGCAUGCAUUGCUGGGAUCAAGUUAGCUAGCGAGAAGAGGAUUAGCAGAUUGGAGGUUAUUGGAGACUCGAAUCUUGUAAUCUCACAAGCCAAUGGGGAUUGGCAGGUCAAAGGCGACAAUCUUAAACCUUAUCAUUCUUUUCUCAUGCGUUUAAUCGCCAAAUUCGAAAGUGUUGUUUUCAUCCAUGCUUCAAGGAGUCAACUGUUUCGCUGA